CAUGUAAACAACGUCGUUGUUUCGCUUUCGCUUUCAGCUGUUUUCUGUAGGCCUUUUCGAAGAUCGGUUGACAUUAUGAUCUUGGAAGGACAUCAUUGUAUCUAUUGUAAAGUUCUUUUGUCGUUGUUUCUCAUGUGAGGACUUGGAGGGACUUAUGAGAUAUUCAUGGACAACUGAGAUCAACAUAACAUUGAUUGCACUGUGAAGAUAUCUGAGUAAAUCCUGCAAACCAGGAUGGGGUCAUUCGAUAAGGAUGCCUUUGAAAGACAGCUGAAAACAGCUGAUAUUGGAAGGCAUAUCAUCUAUCUGAAGUCAACUUCAUCUACGAUGGAUGAUGCAAAAGAUCUGUGUGUUAAAGGACCUGGUAGCCAUGGCAGUGUCGUGAUGGCAGACGUACAAACCAAGGCUCGUGGAUCCAGAAACAGAAGAUGGAAUGCAGAUUCUGAAGGAAAUAUAUACACAUCAAUUGUCUUAUGUGAUAACCCGAACAAAAAUAGUUUUGAGGGAGUCUUCACAAUGGAAGUGGCUGCCUGUCUGUCUGUACGAGAGGCUUUAGUGGAGCAAGGCGUGGUGGGAAUCUACACAAAAUGGCCGAAUGACCUCUGGCUUCGAGGUCACAAACUAUGUGGGGUGAUGGUAGAACCAUAUGAAAUGGACACCCGUCUGUAUGUCAUGGGAAUUGGUCUAAACCUGAACGCAGAUUGCAGGAGAAACACUGAUUUGUGCUCUAUUGCUACAAGCGUAAGAUGUGAAAGAAAUGGCGUCCCUCUGUCAAGGGAGACAACUCUAGCAUACAUUUGUAACAGCUUGGAGAAGAACCUGACAGAGACGCAGUCUGGUCUUCGGGAGAUGUUUUUAGACCAUCUCCUGUAUAAACCAUCAGAUGGUGUAGUGGUUCUACAGGAUGGCAAAUCGUCCGAUGGAACGUAUAUGAACGUACUGGAAAACUGGAACAUUGAAGUCAGAGACAAAAAUGGCGACACAGUCAGUGGAACAAGUCGACAAAUGUCAGUUCGCCCAGCACCUUCUCGGACAAUUUGUGUGUUGGAGGGAGAGGAACUGGACAGUGCGAGUGCAGGACGGCUCUACCAGACUCUCACAUCUCUCACUGACCUGACCAGCGUGUGUGUAGCCCACCUGGACACACGGCAGUGUACACUUCCAGGAGGCCAGCCUCCAGAACAUACUCUGGUUGCAGUGGGCGAUGUGAAACUGGACAAGCAUACAGGAGACCAGGGGGGCAGUUUGGUCUUGACCCCGGCGCUUGUCAAGCUGGGGCACCUGCUGAAGGAACUUCUGUUGGCUGGAGGGUCCGUCCUGGGUGUGGCUGGAGGGUGUGUCCUGGUCCAGAAACUCCUGCAGGAGUGUUGCCAAGGAUCUCAGUCUGACCCAAUCAUCCAACUACAGACUGACAACACUGUGAUCUCGGUACAGACGACCAGUGAACCAGCAUCCCACUUUUCCCUACCCCUGGAUGGACUUCAACUGAAGACUUCAUCCACAUCACCUGGUAAUGUGUUGGCGCUGUAUGCCGACGACCUCAGCCCAGCUGUGGUCUGUAGAACCUGCUCUAGAGGCAAGGUCUGCUUCUGUCUUCCCAACAUCGAGGUCACCUAUGCUGACAUUGUCGACGCAACCCUGUCAGACAUUAUAAAGGAAGGUGUGUUCAACAGAGAUGUCCUGGUGCAGAAAAUGUUGUCAGAACUUUGCUUUUGAAGAUUGUCAUAAGUCAAGAUUUUGCUUGGUCUGCCGAUUUAGGAGUCCAGGAAAAUGAGGUGCAUAAGUGAAAAUCUUGUCAACAUGUUUUUAGUUAGAUGUCAUGAAACAGAAAUUCUUUUGUGAUGAUGGAUCAUUAAAGAAGAUGAAGCUUUAUGUUCCUCCAUGGACGUGGCAAAAUACUUCCUGAUUUCCUACUGGUCUUAUAUCUGCACUAUGGUCUAAUAUCUGCACUGUAGUCUCAUAUCUGCACUGUAGUCUCUUAUACCUGCACUUUUGUCUAAUAUCUGCACUUUUGUCUAAUAACGGCACUAUGGUCUAAUAUCGGCACCAUGGUCUAAUAUCGGCACCAUGGUCUAAUAUCGGCACCAUGGUCUAAUAUCUGCACUAUGGUCUCAUAUAUUUGCACUAAAGUGUUAUAGCUGCAUUAUAGUCCUUAUAUCUGCACUAUAGUCUGCUGAUAUCUGUUUGAUGGUCUAAUAUUAGGACUGUAGUCUCUUAUCUUUAAUGAGGUCUAAUAUCUGCACUUUGGGCUAAUAUCUGCAUUAAUGUCUAAAAUAGACUGUGGUCUAAACAGAAUCUGUCUGAAGAAAAUUUUAGUUCCAAUUAGCAGAAUAUUUCCAUGGUGCUGACCAUCAAAUAUCUACCUUAUCUAAUAGUCGCACCCAAUUACAAUCCUGUAGAAUAUAGGUAUAUGUAAGGUCAUAUUUGUAAUUGGAUGCUUCUUGAGAACAUCGACCAUGCAAGGAUUGUAAUCUGGGCUAUGUCAAGAUACCAUUUUCUGUUAGUCUGCAAUGUGUAUAAAGAUCUUCGCCAAAUGUAGUUACUCCAGAAAUAUAUGUCCAUCAUCACUGAAAAUUUAAUAUACUCAUGUCUCACCUCAAAUGAAACAGUUUUACGAUAUUUAGCUACCUUUAUCUACCAUGCAAUGAAUGUUAGGAAACCUAUUGUAAUAUGAUCUGCAAGCUGGUUGCAGAGUUACAUUGUAACUGGAAUGGGCUGCAUACUGUAUUGAUAAUGUACCAUUGCCUGAUGGCCUACAUCAGUACGGAGUAAAGAAGAACUGGACGCUUACAGGUCAGCCUUCUUACAGGCUGUUGUAAUUGAACUGUGAAUGAUCUAGUCGGCAGACAACCUAUGUAUUCAGAGCUCCAGAUAAGCUUUUGGUGUUGUGUGUAUUUUACCCAUGCAUUUUAAAAUCAUUGGAUAUCAGUAAUUCUAUCUGGGUAUUCAAAUUUCUAGUUUUAACACAUGUGGGUAUUUAAGUUAAUAUUCAAAAACACUAUUCAUCUAGUCCCUGCAAACUGGUGUCGUGUUGGUUGGAGAGCUUUAUAGGAUUAAAAAAUACCACGAUACUUUCACAAGAAAGUGUGAUGGCAAAUGAUCAUGAUGUAACUGUCAUAAUAAUUUCAAAAUAAGUUGCUGAUUUGAUAAUCGAAUACGCAGGGUUACUCCACAAUAUUUUGAUGAUACACACAAGUUCUAUUUUUGUAGUGUAUAUGUAAUGUUUGUUAUGUAUUUGAUACGCUUCGAUUUUAUUUUACUGCGUAUUUGUUUUUCUGAUGCGUAUUUUACGCAGAUACAUGGAAGAAUUAUUUAAUGUGAUUUAUUUUGAGCAAAACAUAUUCUUGUUCUUAGAGGCACAGAUGUAUUGUUUACAUUGGUGUAAGGACAUUUAGAUUUUUAUAUCUCUGGUGUCACAUUUAUUAGUUGCCCUGCAGAUAUAACUGUUUACCAGUAAAAUGAAUUUUCAGUAUGUAUGUCUUACAUACCAUGCAUGUAGAUGUGAAAAAAGUUUGAGAUUCUCAUUUAAACAGGUCUCCCGAGCAUCAGUUGUUUUAGUGCAUUAUUGGAUUGCCUGAGCAAUUUCUCAUUCUUAAAUCUCAUUUGAAGUUUUUCCAAAUCUGAUUUUGUUUGAUUGUUGUAUUAAUGAUAUUUGUGAUUGUUAUGAUAUAUAUAAACAUUGUCAGAUAA